UGCCUCAGCCUACCCAAGUGCUGGGAUUACAGGUAUGAGCCACCAUGCCCAGCCUCUUCCCUUCCUUUUCUACCUGUUAAAAUGUUCCUCAAAUCUUUCAAAGUCUACCCAAAUGUUAGCUCAUCUCUGAAGUCUCUCUUCUCUCCCAGGCUCCCUCACCACAUGACCACUGCCUUUUUUAUAGUUUCUUCCCUGUGUGUGUUUAAUCAUAUGUGUGUUUAAUCAUAUGUUUAAUCUGUUCAUAGGUCUGUCUUCCUCACUGGACUGUGAGCUGCCUAAAGGUUCGGCAAGGUAGAGCUUCUCGGCUGCACUGCUGAACUCCUCCCAGGUCUGGUACUGCGGCAUCGUGGCCCAGGGUGGAACAGGAGAGAGUUUCCCUCUUUAAGGAAGAAAGGAAAGUAUUUCCUGGAUACCAGAUAUGCUGAGUUGGGACACUAACUGAGGACAGAGGAACUGCUGCCUGUCUGAUCCACUGCACUGGGGCGAGGAUCCAGGGGAGUCGUGACCGUGGAUGGGCUUGGGAGACUGUAAGAUCCCCUCCUAUGAGAUGUGAAGAUGUGCUGACCAAGAAGCAGCAGCCGUCUUGUGACCAUGAGGUGGCAGGCCCAAAGAAGAAAAGCCAACAAAAUGAUGAGGAAAGGAGAAAUGUUUUAAGAAGGCUGAGUUCUGGAUAACAUCAUUGAGCUGCCAUACAAACUCUGGCCAUGGCCAUCUUGACUUUACAAUCUGCUCUUUUGAGGAGGCACCAGCUACCCCAGUCUCGGGGUGACACCAGCAUCUCACCUCCUCUCACCGUGGAAACCAUUUCCCCAUCAAGGAAGCAACGGACUGAGCCCUCGUGGUGACCUAAAGCUCUCUGGGUUCGUGCAACACACAGCAUGACACCAACACGAUGAUUAAAAAUUUCCCCCUCAGUCUCCCAGGGCUUCUUAUGAAGAGGGGGGGAGAGUUGAGACCCCAGAGGAAGAAGCAGCUGCAAGUCCUCAAGUUCAACUCUACGAGGCCACCACUGGGGCUCACACUCUGCCCAGCGUCAUGCGGGUGCCCGCGGCCGCCCUUGCCGCCCUGUUCUUCACGGAGGCCCUGCGCCCCCAGCCCUGCUCUGCCUCGUUUGGAGCCGGCACCCCGACCGCCUGCUGCUUCUCCUAUAUCUCCUGGCAGCUUCCACUCCGAUCCGUGGACGACUACUCUGAGACCAGCAGCCAGUGCUCCAGGCCAGCUGUCAUCUUCCUCACCAAGAGAGGCCGGCAGGUGUGUGCCGACCCCGGUGAGGCCUGGGUCCAGGAAUACGUCACCAACCUGGAGCUGAAUGCCUGAGCGGCCUGGGAGCAGCGAGGAACCCUGUGGCCUCAGUGGGCUCGGUGGGGACCAGGGGCCUGAACCAGGCAGUGACCUUGCAACCCUGGCAGCCACCUCUCCUGUGGGUCCCCACCCACCACGCCCGGCCACACACCGGGGCCCUCCUUAACUUUCAGUUUGUGUAUCAUAUUUAAUUUUUGUAAUUGAUCUCUACUGUUGCAUUGUGUUGUAUACCGAGUGCUUUCUCAGACAUCUUAAGACAACUUCUUCACCUUUCCUCCCUUUUCCCUUCAGCAUGUGGAUCGAUGAGUGCGAUCAGCUCUCUCCGCAGAAACUGUACCAUGUAUGUCAAAUGACAAAUGCUUAUUAAAUGUUUUUGCCCAGC